AUGGAUCUCCCAGACUCCAAAAUGGAAGCCCACGCCUCCAAGAUCCUGACCAUCGCUUCCCGCAUCAAGACCUUCCACGCCGCAAAUCAAAAGUUCCGCAUCUCGCACGGCUCCACCAACAGCACCCGCAACCAAUCCUUCCGCGACAAACAAAACAUCAUCGACACGAGCGGUCUGACCGGCAUCCUCGAAGUGAAUCCCUCGAAGAAAACCAUCCUCGUCGGAGCCAAUGUCCCCAUGGACCGUCUUGUAGAAGCCACUCUAGCCCACAAUCUCAUCCCGCCCGUCGUGGCCGAUUUCCCCGGCAUCACAGUCGGAGGAGGGUAUUCCGGCACGACGGGGGAGAGUUCGAGUUACAAACACGGCUUCUUCGACCGUACCGUCACCCGCGUAGAAAUGAUUCUCGGGACGGGAGAAAUCGUCUACCUCUCCGAGACGGAGAACCAGGAUCUCUUCCGUGGUGCGGCGGGGAGUUUGGGGACUUUGGGAGUGGUGACUUUGUUGGAGAUAUCACUCGUGGAGGCGAAGCGGUUUGUGGAAGUUGUGUAUCAUCCCGUGAGGAGUAUUGGGGAAGCGGUGGCCAAGUGUAAAGAGGAAACUAGUGGGGAGAAAGGGGAGAGGAAUGAUUAUGUGGAUGGGAUUCUGUUCUCUCCUACUUCGGGGUUCAUCAUUACUGGACGACGAGUUCAGGAUGCUGAGAAGGGGAGUCCUAUUAGGAGAUUCAGCGGGAGGAAAGAUCCUUGGUUUUAUAUGCACGUUCAAUCCCUGCUUUCCAAAACAUCAUCAUCACCACAAAACCAAGAUAAUGGAGAAUCAGGAGGAGUAAUCAAAGAAUUCUUCCCCCUACCAGAAUACCUCUUCCGCUACGACCGCGGCUCCUUCUGGACAGGCCGCUCCCUCUUCACCAUGACCUCCUGGCUCCCCUUCAACCCCUUCACGCGCUACCUCCUCGACGACUUCUGCAAAACCCGCAUGCUCUACGCCGCCAUGCACUCCCAACCCAUCAACAUCAUGAUUCUACACGACUGUGGCGUUCCUUACCCUUCAGCCGAGAAUUUCAUCGAGUGGGCGGGGGAAUGUACGGGGAUAUGGCCUGUGUGGUUGUGUCCUUUGAAACAGAGUCCGAGACCUACGUUGCAUCCGCAUUUGAAGGAUGGAGAUGAUGGGGAGGAGGAGGCGGGGAUUUUGAAUGUGGGGAUUUGGGGUGCUCCGAGGGGUGGAGGGGAUGUUGGGGAGUAUUUGAGGGAGAAUGAGGAGUUGGAGGGGAGGUUGAAGGGGAUUGGGGGGUUGAAGUGGUUGUAUUCUCCUCAGUGGGCUGAAGAGGAAGAAUUCUACAAACAAUUCAAUCGUAAAUGGUACGAAGAUCUCCGCACCAAAUACUCCGCGACGAGAUUACCGACGAUUUAUGAUAAAGCACGUACGGACCCGGGGGAAUUGCAGAGGAAAUUGGAUGGGAUGACUUGGAGGGAUGUUCGGCCUGCGUUUUUUCCUGGGUGGAUGUUGCAUUGUUGUCGGAAAGCUUGGGUUUCGGGGCAGUGGAGGGCUGGGAGGAAGGCGACUUGGAUGGAGUGGGUUGGUAGGGGAAAGGGGGAGUAG